CUCCCUCACUGCUUGUAUAAAAUAAGGCGUCCGGGUGGUACAAGUGUUUGGUGAAGUUCUCCUGCUUUGUUCUGCUCGCCCAUUUUACUGACUGCAGCCAUGUUUGUUGCUCCUCCCGGCUAUCAGCCAAUCUAUAGCCCGAACAUACCCUAUCUAGGGCCUAUUAAUGGAGGGCUGAGGGAAGGAACAUCCAUCUAUAUCCAGGGGACCAUUCCCAAGCACAUCACCAGGUUCUUUAUCAACCUGAUUUGUGGAGAAUCUGAAUCCAGCGACAUUGCCCUACACUUCAACCCUCGAUUUGAUGGCUGGGACAAGGUGGUCUUCAACACCUGUCAGAAUGGAUCCUGGGGGUCAGAGGACAAGAUUCACAAAAUGCCUUUUAGAAAAGGAGAGCACUUUGAAAUGGUCAUCAUCGUUACUUUACAGGGCUAUGAGAUUAAAGUAAAUGGGAAUGAUUUCCAUACUUUUCAACACCGCAUCCCUAUGGAGCAAGUUCGUGGGCUGCAGAUUGCAGGAGAUGUUUCCAUCCAGACGAUUAAUUUUAUUGGGGGUGGAAUGGGAGGAGGAAUGGGAGGAGGAUAUCCAGGAGGUGGCAUGGGGGGAGGUUACCCAGGUGGCAUGGGAGGAGGAAUGGGAGGAGGUUACCCAGGUGGCAUGGGAGGAGGAAUGGGACCAGGAGGAUUUCCAGGAGGUGGCAUGGGGGGAGGUUACCCAGGUGGCAUGGGAGGAGGAAUGGGACCAGGAGGAUAUCCAGGAGGUGACAUGGGGGGAGGUUACCCAGGUGGCAUGGGAGGAGGAAUGGGACCAGGAGGAUUUCCAGGAGGUGGCAUGGGGGGAGGUUACCCAGGUGGCAUGGGAGGAGGAAUGGGACCAGGAGGAUUUCCAGGAGGUGGCAUGGGGGGAGGUUACCCAGGUGGCAUGGGAGGAGGAAUGGGACCAGGAGGAUAUCCAGGAGGUGACAUGGGGGAUGGAUAUCCAGGAGGAAUGGGAGGUGGAAUGGGGGGCGCCUUUCCAGGCUCAAAUCUGCCGGGUAUGAGUGGGCAGCCAGUCUACAACCCUCCUGUGCCUUACUCCAGCAUCAUCCAAGGAGGGAUGUUCCCUAAGAGGACCAUUGUCAUCAGAGGCAUGGUUCCCUAUGGAGCACACAAAUUAAGCAUCAAGUUUUUGGUGAGCAGAUCUCGAGAUGUCGCUUUCCACAUUCAUCCAAGAUUCAGGGAAGGAAUUGUUCUAAGAAACAGUAUGAUUGGAGGAAACUGGGGCCAGGAGGAGAGAGAAAUGAGCAUGAAUCCAUUUAUGGAGGGCCAGUACUUUGAUAUGUCAAUCCGUUGUGGGAACCAGAGGUUUAAAGUGUUUGUGAACGGGCAGCACCUGUUUGACUUUUUCCAUCGCUGGCAGUCCUUCAAUGAGAUUGACAUGCUGGAGAUAGAAGGCGAUGUGCAGAUCUCCUACAUCCACUUCUGAUACCACACACUAAAAAAAAGAAAGAAAUUGUGCAACUUUCAAAAAAUGUUAUUUUUUUUAAAUAACAUAUUUCAAAAAUAUCUCACCCACAGAGUUGCUUAUCUCAGUUUCUUACCUGCUUUGAGAUCAGAUAUCUCAAUAAGAUCAAAUGUAACCUCAGUAUCUGCUGUAUUGUUUAUACCCAGUUAACUGAAUUAAUAAAUCAUUAAUCAUU